CGACCGCGACGAAAACUCUUGAGGAGAGGCCGGGUUUUUCUGUCGUUGGUUUGUUGAUUUCCGAAGCGGAGAGAAGCCGACCAUGUCCGCCAUGGAGAGGGGACCAGGACCGGGGUCCAUGGAGAGGAACAGUUUUCUCAUCCAGUCCACUGCUGGAGCUGUACCUGUACGAAAUGAGAAAGGUGAAAUUACGAUGGAGAAGGUGAAAGUGAAAAGAUAUGUGUCUGGAAAAAGACCCGACUAUGCUCCACAGUCCAGUGAUGAAGAGGAAGAAGAUGAUGACUUCCGUCUGAAGCGCCAACCUGAGGUCGUCAUCCAGCCAUCAGCCUCCACCGCUGCGGACAUGGCUGAGGUUGACGACCCUCGUCUCCGACGUCUUCUCAAAGCUCGCGCUGCAGAAGACGAGAGCAGUGAUGAAGAGUUGGAUAGGGUGGCUCGUCACCGGAGAGUCCUUGAGCCAGAGGUCCUGGAGGAGGCGGAUGAAGAUGACGAACCAGAGCGGAUGGCGCGGGAAGAGGAGAGCAGCGGAGAGGAGGACCUGGACGAGGAGGAAAUCGAACGCCGGCGUAUGCUAAUGAGAUUGAGGGCGCGGGAACGGGCACAGGCUGAGGAAGAAGUGAUGGAGCUUGUAGAAGAAGCAAAAGAAGAGGAAGAGGAGGAAUCAGAAGAAGAGUCAUCAGAAUACGAGGAGUACUCAGAUAGUGAGGAUGAAGCUGGGCCCAGACUCAAACCUGUCUUUGUCAGAAAGAAGGAAAGAGUGACCAUACAGGAGAGAGAACAGCAGGCCCAGAAGUUGAGAGAACUUGAAGAGGAAGCUAAGAAGAUGGCAGAACUAAGACGAAAGGGGACUCUUAAGAUUGUUGAAGAUAUAGCGCGCAAAGAAUACGAAAAACCCAACAUGAUGGAAGAAGACCAGUUUGGUGACAUUGACACUGAUGACGAUAAUGAUGAAGAAGAGUACGAGGCCUGGAAAGUGCGCGAACUCAAGAGGAUCAAACGGGAUCGGGAAGAAAGGGAAAAUCUGGAGAAGGAGAAGAUGGAAGUAGAACGCAUGCACAACAUGACGGAGGAAGAAAGACGAGCAGAGCUCCGCAGCAACCCCAAACAAGUCACCAACAAGGCACCCAAGGGCAAGUACAAGUUCCUGCAGAAGUACUACCACAGGGGAGCUUUCUUCAUGGACAGAGACAGCGAUGUGUACAAGCGUGAUUUCGCCCAGCCAACCCUGGAGGACCACUUUGACAAGACCAUCCUACCCAAAGUCAUGCAGGUCAAGAACUUUGGACGGUCCGGUCGUACAAAGUAUACUCACUUGGUUGACCAGGACACUACGCAGUUUGACUCUGCAUGGGCGCAAGAUUCCGCCCAGAACACCAAGUUCUUUGGCAACAAGGCGGGCGGCAUGAAACAGAACUUCGAGAGACCAUCAGCAAAAAAGCGAAAAGCAAAGGAGUAGUCAUGGGUUAGACGUGAGGUUUGAUAUGUGAUUCAAUGUGGAUAACCAAUUGGCCUUCACUAUGUCACAUAAUACUUAAGAGAAGGGACUUUGAGAUACAAAAUCUCUGAAAAGUAUUCUUGUAUUUCAACUCUGACUUACUUGUC